AUGGUAACAAAUGAAAACCCCACUUCAAGUCGAUUAAUUAUUUGUGAUGCUGCUGCAAAAGAAUGGAAGAACAUUAAAAAAAUGAAAGAACCCGAAAUUGAUGAUAUUAUAAAAAGGUACUUAGCAACGCCUCUUAAAAUGCAAGAAUAUUUCUGGACCACAGCUUCAUCUCGACCAAAGCCCUUUGAAAUUUCUAUAGUUAAUUCGUCUCAAGAUAAAACUUUGCGGAUCUCACAAACAUUUGAU